GGCCCCGCUGUCCAGCCUAGGGUUGCGUUAAUCCGCGCGGCCCCACCCUUCCGGCCCUGCGUUCUAUCCACCGCCUCCACUGUACGCCCCGCACCGGCUAGUGGCGUGACGGUCGCCUCGUUUCCGCGUCUUGCGGCCCCUGCGGAGCCCGAGCCUGCAAUGUCGGGCCCCAACGGGGACCUGGGCAUGCCGGUGGAGGCGGACGCGGAAGGCGAGGAUGACGGCUUCGGGGAAGCAGAAUACGCCGCCAUCAACUCCAUGCUGGACCAGAUCAACUCCUGUCUGGACCACCUGGAAGAGAAGAACGACCACCUCCACGCCCGCCUCCAGGAGCUGCUGGAGUCCAACCGGCAGACGCGCCUGGAGUUCCAGCAGCAGCUGGGGGAGGCCCCCAGCGAUGCCAGCCCUUAGGCUCCAGGAGCCCCGAGCCAAGCCCCGGCCCUGCGUCCCUGGGCUGGCCUCUAGCCUGGGCGCUCACCGCCUGACUUAGACACCUUCUCCAGGGCUGGCCUACAGGUCCCCCGGUGGCCCUGACUGCCUGAGCCACUCUUCAGGGACUCCCCUUGGCGUGUCUGGGCCGACUUCCACCACCCAGCCUUCCCUCCUGGGGCCAGGCGUGGGCCCACCACCCCUUGCCUGCCUGCCUGCCCAACUCCUGGGCACCCUCCACUCUGCCCAGGCCUUAAGUGUCUGUAUUAAACUGGUCUCCGACACC